CAACGAACCUCAAAAUGUCUUUGAAAGGAUCCAACGUGCUCAUUACCGGAGCGUCCAUGGGAAUUGGCGCAGCCAUCGCUCAUGCUUUCGCCCAAGAAGGCGCGAAUUUGAUUCUCUUCGCCAGAUCGGAGGAUAAACUGCAAACACUGGCAUCCACCGUCCAAAAGCAACACCCAAAGUCCAAAGUAAUAUACAAGGCCGUCGACAUCCAAAGCUACGAAGUGGUAGAAUCGGCCGUGAAAUCAGCCGUGCAAGAGCUCGGCGAGAUCGACAUUCUUAUCAAUAACGCCGGGCUGGCCCUCGGCGCCCCCGCGACAUUCUCCGACCUCAAGAUCAGCGAUAUCCUCGCUAUGAACAACACGAACAUCAACGGACUGAUGUUUACCACGUACGCCGUGCUGAACGCAUCCAUGAUGUCGCGCAAGUUUGGCACCAUCCUCAACAUUACGUCGGUCACGGGACUCGAGGUGCCCCCGUUCCCCGGGGAGUCGGUCUACCAUUGCAACAAGGCCGCGCAAGAGGGGUUCACAAAUGCGCUGCGCAAUGAGCUCUGCGGGACGAAUAUCCGUGUCUUGGCGUUGCGGCCGGGUUGUGUGGCGACGAACUUUCAUUCCUUGCGAGUGGGGCAUGAUAAGGAGAAGUAUGAGAAGUUUUUCGAGGGCUACGAACCUCUGGUGUCGGAGGAUAUCGCCGGUGCAGCGGUGUAUAUGGUCAAGCAGCCGGAGAAUGUGUCUGUGAAGGCCAUGGAUAUUGUUCCGUCUGCGCAACGGUCUUUGACUGUCUUUGAUCGGGAAUGGAGUGAGAGGAAUGCUUAA